AUGCCUCGCGCCUCGCCCUCGGCCAAGCGACAGCCGGGAGCAGCGAGCCAUCGCAACACCCAGCAUGAGAAUGGCCUCCUAGGCUCUGGAAGACGAUCUGGCAAGCACGUACAUCAGCACCAGCACCAGCAGAAGGCCUCCUCGGCGGUGACUGCUGAUAAUCUUGUGCGGCCGUCGCCACCCGAUUUCCGUCCUGCUGUCUCGUCUACUCUAUCCGCACAUUCCCCGCCUCAGCUAUCCUCCAGCGCCUCCGAGGCCAGCACGUACCUCGUAACGGACAGCGACACUAUGGCUGCCCCUCAGGAAAGCUAUCAUGGCGUGGAGUCUGGUAGUAACGGGGACUUGCGGCGCCUGAAUGGCGAUCGACGGUCAUCUUUGGACAAUGCGUCAUCGGCAUCCUCAACUGACUCCUUCAGUGCAAAUCCACAGCCAGCCAUGACGCUGGCCGCGACCUCUGCCAACAAUAACAUGCCUUCCGCCCAUACGUUGUUCGAUGAGAGCCACCGCCGGAUCGACGUGAACGCCGCAAAAAACGCAAAUGUCCAUCGCGACACUGGCCCCUUGAAGCUGGCUGUGACCGUUCUGCGAUCCUGUCCUCUCUACGAUACGCUUGCGAUCCUCAUCAUCUUGAUGCAGCUUUCCCCUGUUGCACUUUCCAGCAUCUACAUGCUUUUCACAGUGCUUACAUUCGUCCCGCCAGUCACCACCAGCUCUGGCCUCAGCAUCACGGAGAUUUUCGAAGGCACGUUGGGUACACCGGCUUUGAUGACCGUGGCGUGCAUGGAUGUGGGAUUCCUGCUGGUCUGGCUGUUUCUUUGGGGUCCUCUCCAGCAGCUCAUUCUCGACUUUGCUCAGAUCGUGAUCGCACUCACCCUCGGAGGUGGCGGUGGCAGUGGGAGUUCCCGGCAGGGCUCAGCAAAUAACAUAUUCAUGUGCGUUGGCAUCGUGUUUUUCUCGCAUUUUGGACACAUCCCGGUCCUGCAGAAGCUGGCUCGUCUCGGCCCGUUCUUCACUACAGAUCCUCCGUCUGCCCAAGCAGAAAGUUCGGCAAACUUCCAGCAGACGGCAAAGCUCUUUGGUCGUCGUGGGGGGGGUGUCUCAUGGCUUCGAAAUAUCUUCGCUAUCCACAUACUCACCCAGGGUAUCGUCCGCUGCAUCCGCGAAUGUGUCAAUGCCGCAGCCGGCCUCUCUGGUGGCAUCCAUGGAGUCAAUUCAGCUUAUGCGGGUAGUAUUGGGCCCAAUGGAGCUCAGAGCGUGGGAUCUGCGGUCUUGUCCAACACCCCGAAUAUCUCCAGCAGCGGCAAUGCUUUGGCUGUCACAGGGCCCGUCUCGGCCAAAAAAAAGAAAAAACAGAGUGCACUGGUGCGCCUGCGCCAACCUCUCUGGGCAGCCCUAGCCAGCACAAAAAUUGUUAUGAUCAAGGAAUAUGAACUCUCGCAAGCCGCAUUAGAAUCUGCGGGCGCCGAAGCUACAGAUGUGGAUAACUUGGGCAAUGCACCUUUUUACACACAGCCCUUCCAGAUCUGGAUCUGCUAUGUUGGCCAUGAUGAGGUAUGCUUUAGCACCAGCGUGUUCCCAGACGACAAGUCGGGCCAGGACCAACUGUCUCCAAGCUCUUCCUAUGUCGAUGCUACGAAGCCAUUCUUUGUGCGAAUCAACAACGCCACAUGGCAACCGACACGAAUUAUGGCAAUUCCUGAUUCGGAUGACGACGUCGUGCCAAAUUCGACUGAAGACACGAGAAACAUCCCUUUAGUAAUGGGGACGCGAUGGACUGGUGACAUAUAUGGCCUCACUCCCCUGUCCAGCUAUGAGUGUGAGUUUGUCAGUAUUCGAAACGGCGAUGUUCUUUUCAGCACAAGUGUCAGGACAGCACCGGCCCCGUCGCGGAGCGCCGAUGUGACAGCAGCCAAGGCGAUGCCGCCCAGUCAGCCGCGGCCGCACGAGUCUCCUGCCACAACAAUCAAGGCGUCUAUUGCAGCUCAAGAAGCCAAGCUGCACGACGAAAAGACACGACUCAAGACCUUACGGAAGGACAAUAACCGCCGUGUGAAUGCAAUAAAGAAGGAGAUUGAUCGCCUCAUAUCGUCUGUGCAGUCCGCUGGUGGCAAUGACGAAAAGUUGAAGCAGAAGAUCACACAGAAUACAGUGCAGCAGAAACAGGCUGAGCAGACUAUCGAAAGCUUGGAAGCAGAGCUCCGGGAAAUCAGCGUCGUGCCCGAAGAUCUACUUAGCCGUCACCGGAGCAAGAAGAGCGAGUGGGAUCGGGAGAGGGCGCUCUUCGACGGUGCUGUGGCCUCAUUCAAAAGCUUCAAGAGCGCUGUCGACAGUGAGGUGCGCGCAUUGGAAGAAGAACAAGGAAGCUUGCAGGCCAAGAGAAAUAAGAUUGCGUCUCGUAUUGCUAAGGCUGACAGUGAUCACGCCCGUAUCAUGGAUGCCAACACACAAGGCUUGGAUGAGGUGGAGAGGAGAAAGCAGGAGCGCGCCUCGAUAAAGAGCGACAUACUGCUAGCAAGCCGCAACUAUAUCGACCGCAUUGCUGCAAUCCAGGCUAGCAACGAGGAAAAGGUGCAUGCUAUCGACGCCAUGCAUGAGGCGAUGCGCUCCUUCUACUCCUCCUUCGACAGCGAGCGUCCCUACGAAGACCGACAUAUGCCGGUUCUCUCAUUGCCAGCUGCAACAUCUAAUUCCAACGCUAGUGCGGCCUCGGGCACCUGGACAUCCCAUCAAACAGGCGCUGUGUAUACCCUCGGGUCCUUGUGGCCAGUGAUGUCAGGCGUGCCGGCAUCUGGGCAAUCUCCGCUUCCAGCCCACAUUGCUCCAGUGCCGCCGUACAUGCAAAUGCCGGCAAUACAUGCCGGUGGAUACGCCCAGCUGCCGAAGAUGCGUGGCCGAUCCUCAUCUAUGCUGAGCGACGUUUCCGGUUUCACACAGUCCAGCGCCGCAGACGAAGAUGUCGCCGUACCAGUCAGCUCUUGCGUUCGGAAGGCGAGUGUUUCCAGCCCCACGGCUAUCCACUCGAUGCAGCCACCUCUCGCCGUCACGUUGCAGGAGCCAAUUGAGCUUAGCAUUGAUGCCACUCGACGCAGCUCUGGUUCGGGAACUGGAUCUGGAUCCGGGUCUGGUUCUGGAUCUGGAUCGGGAUCUGGUUCUGGUUCUGGCAGCAGUGUCCGCAGUGGAAGUGAAAGUGUCGACAGUGUCCACGACCCAGCAAUGCAUGGGACACCUGGCCAUGCCGUGUUUGUGCAUACCAUCUCGUUUAUUUCGAGAACGGGAUCGGGCGAGAACGAACCUGUACCUGCUAGCAGACCACCGGGCCACAACGCGUCCGCCGCCGCGGCUGCCCGCGAGCUCUCCCGCUACUCCAUGAUCGUCCGCCGGAUGAAGUGGAAGCUUCCAUUUCUAGGUUGGGCCUAUCGUCAGGCGACUGGCGAUGAUGAUACUGCGGAGGCAGAGAUGAUGUUCAAGUUGGACUUUUUUGAGUACUACAUGCUAUGCGAGCGCGCUCUCGUCCACCUGCAGGGUGUUUUUGGCAUCACCAUUUCCCGGGAUACAGGAUUGGGGCCAAGAACAACCGUCAUAGGCAGGGGGGGUGCUCCAAUACAUCGCUACCAUGCGAAUGUGCUAGAAGCCCUAGAUCGCGAAGACAACCCUCUCCAUGUAGCUCUGGGUGCCGGGGAUGUACGCCGGCAGUUGGCCAGGGCCAAAGAGCUCCGAAACCGGUGGAAGAAGGUUGGCAGCGAACCUGACGGUGACUCCAGCGCGGCGGACAGCGGACGGGGAGGCAAAAUAAAGACGCCACCACUUGCUACGUAUGAUCUGUCUGGAAUAUUAGCCUCCAUUCACCAAGGGCUCGACCAUGCCUUUGGCAUUGCCGACAGCUUUGUCACUGCUGAAGCUGCAAACUCCAGCGGCGGUGGCAUGGAGAAAAGUGAAAGUGGCCAACUUCGUAUGGAAGUGGAUUUGGAUAUCACGGAAGAGGAGCGGUGGGUUUUUAUGGCAGAGGCUAUGGACUGGGAGGCUGUAUGA